AUGGUUGAAGCAGAAGCGCCGGCGGUGGACGAUAGUUUAGCUGGGGAGGACGAGGAGGAAUUAGUCCGAAGUGAGGAGUACGAUGACGAACACGUAGGCGAAGAUGGCGACGAGGGCGACGAGGGCGGCGACGACGAUGACGACGAUGACGACGAUGGCGACGACGACGACGAGGGCGAGGCGGCGGCGCUGUUCGGCGGGCAGCAGAAGCUGCACGCGAUAAACGACGCGCCCGCGCUGCGCAAGAAGCUCGACGAGUUCGCGUGGGCGGGCAAGCGGUCGUGGAUGGAGUCGCUCGCCGUCAUCGUCAUGGACGACGAGGCGCAGGCGGACGCCGCCACUGGCGCCGCCGGCGGCGUGGAGGCGGUAGACGCGGCGGACGACUUGGUGCGCGAAGCCGCGUUCUACUCGCAGGCCGCCGCGGGCGCCAAGGCGGCGCUCGUGCGGCUCCAGGAGGAAGCAGCCGCCGCCACCGCCGCCGCGGGCGCCGCCGGCGCAGGCGGGGGGGAGGAGGGGGAAGAGAAGCGGAGGUUUCCGCCGUCUGCGGUGGCGCUGCUGCGGCCGGCGGACUACUACGCGGAGAUGGUGAAGAGCGACGCGCACAUGGAGCGCAUCCGCGCGCGGCUGCUGGCGCAGCAGAAGGAGAUGGAGGGCGCGGAGGAGCGCAAGAAGUCGCGCGAGGGGAAGAAGUACGCGAAGCUGGUGCAGGCGGAGCGGCGUAAGGAGCGCGAGAAGGAGAAGAAGGACUCGGUGCAGGCGGUCGAGCGCUGGCGCAAGCUGCGCCAGCAGAGCAACUUCCAGGACGGCGCAACUACGCCCGGCGGAGCGGACUUCCCCGUGGAGCUGGAUGCGGCAAUUGGGGGGGAAUUCCCGCGGGCGGAGAAGCGCGGGGCGGGCGCGCGCGGGACGGGGGGGAGAGGCGGGGGGAAGGGGGCGCUGGAGAAGCGGAAGCAGCGGGAUUCGAAGUAUGGGUUUGGCGGGCGGAAGCGGCUGAAGAAGCAGAACGACGCGGACUCGACCAACGACUUUGGGGACUUUGGGGGCUUUGGGGACGACGAUGGUGGGCGCGGGGGACGAGGGGGAUUCGCGGAUGCGGAACAAGGGCAAGUAGAGUGGAGUGGGAGGAGGAGGGACGAAAGGAAAAGAAGGGAAGUUGGAGAGGGUGGGGGACGGGAGAGAGCGGGCGCGGAGCAGGACAGGGAGCAGCACUUCUGGGAGGUGCCGUGUGAAGCAAGGAGGGCGGGAGGGGGUGGAGCAAGGAGGGCGGGAGGGGGUGGAGCAAGGAGGGCGGGAGGGGGUGGAGCAAGGAGGGCGGGAGGGGGUGGAGCAAGGAGGGCGGGAGGGGGUGGAGCAAGAGGGCGGGAGGGGGUGGAGCAAGGAGGGCGGGAGGGGGUGGAGCAAGGAGGGCGGGAGGGGGUGGAGCAAGGAGGGCGGGCAGGGGUGGAGCAAGGAGAGGGCGGGUAG